AUGUUUGUGAAAAAUUUUUGGACUCUGGUGACCUUCAAGGAUGUGCUUGUGGACUUCACCGAGGAGGAGUGGACGCUCCUGAGCACAGCUCAGCAGAUCCUGUACAAGCGGGUGAUGCUCGAGAACUAUAAGAACCUGGUUUUCUUGGGGCUUCAGUUUCCCAAACCAGAAGUGAUACUCCGCUUGGAGAAAGAUGAAGCACCAUGGCUGAUGGAGAUUCACCAAGAGACCAUUCCAGGUUCAGAGACUGCAGUUGAAGUUAAAUCCUCAGUGUCCAGGAAGAGCUUUCCUGAAGAUAAACAGCCCUAUGAUACUAAAACGGCAAGGAAUGACCUCUGGUAUUUGUCUCUAGAAGAAGUCUGGAAAUGUGAAGCUCAGCUGGACAAGUAUCAGGAAACCCAGGAGAAACAUCUGAGGCACCAGCUUAUUCAUUCUGGAGAGAAACCCUAUGAAUGUAAAGAAUGUGGAAAAUCCUUCAGCCGGAGUUCCCACCUCCUGGGGCACCAAAAGACUCAUACUGGUGAGGAACCCUAUGAGUGUAAAGAAUGUGGAAAAUGCUUCAGCUGGUUCUCUCACCUUGUCACACAUCAGAGAACGCACACAGGAGACAAGCUGUACACAUGUAACCAGUGUGGAAAAGCGUUUGUUCAUAGCUCUAGGCUUAUUAGGCAUCAGAGAACCCACACUGGAGAGAAACCUUAUGAGUGUCCCGAGUGUGGGAAAUCCUUUAGACAGAGCACACACCUCAUUCUGCACCAGAGAACACAUGUUCGGGUGAGACCCUAUGAGUGUAAUGAGUGUGGCAAAUCCUACAGUCAGAGAUCUCAUCUUGUUGUGCAUCACAGGACUCACACUGGACUGAAGCCCUUUGAGUGCAAGGAUUGUGGGAAAUGUUUUAGUCGAAGUUCUCACCUUUUUUCACACCAGAGAACACAUACUGGAGAAAAACCUUAUGAAUGUCAUGAUUGUGGUAAAUCCUUUAGUCAGAGCUCUGCUCUCAUUGUGCACCAGAGAAUCCAUACUGGAGAGAAACCAUAUGAAUGUUGUCAGUGUGGGAAAGCCUUCAUCCGGAAGAAUGACCUUAUUAAGCAUCAAAGAAUUCAUACUGGAGAAGAGACUUUUAAAUGUAAUCAGUGUGGAAUUAUCUUCAGCCAGAGCUCUCCAUUUAUAGUACAUCAAAUAGCUCACACUGGAGAGAAAUUUUUAACGUGUAAUCAGUGUGGGACAGCUCUUGUGAAUAGCUCAAACCCCAUUAGGUACCCGGUAAGUCAUAUUGGAGAAAGCACUUAUUAA